AUGGAGUCCAUUCAUCUCAAUAUCAGACGUCUCCUCCAAGAUCCCAUUGACACCACUGUCGAGUCGCUCACUCAUCUUCAUUUCGCUCAUUGCUGUGCUCAUCCUACUUUCACUAUGUAUACUAGUGAUAUGCCGAAUCAAAAGGUCCUCUUGAGAGGAAGAAGUCGACGAGCGAAAACGAAGUCAACAUCAUCGGAUGGUAUCCUAACGGCUGGAGAUAACCUAUGGACUUAUAAUUCAAUGAAGAACUCGAGCUCGGGUUCUGCUGGAGUUCUCGUUUACAAUGGCAUAUCUCACAAUGCUGCCUAUCAGAAUACGCCAGCAACUAUAAGAUCAUUCGCUCCGGUACCCCUGGAGCAUGCACCAGUUCGACCCUGCACAGCAACCACCCUCCGAUUACACCCAAAAGAGAAUUCAGCUGCUUACCAUACAGUAGGAAGAUAUGCAACGUCUCCCACUGAGUUCUAUGAGGAGAUAUCCAAUGAAGGUUACUACCCAUACAACACAAAAUGUCGAUCUAUAGCUAAUAUACAGCCUAGUGCGUCCUUCAAUGGUGGAUCUGGUUGCCGUCGUCCACCUCCAACUUCUGCUUAUCAUACAGUAGGAAGAUAUGCAACUUCUCCCACUGAGUUCUAUGAGGAGAUACCCAAUGAGGGUUACUACCCAUACAACACAAAAUGUCGAUCUAUAGCUAAUAUACAGCCUAGUGCGUCCUUUAAUGGUGGAUCUGGUUGCCGUCGUCCACCUCCAACUUGUAGACCACCGCCAGUACCUGCGCCAAAUCUAUCUCAUGAAUAUAGUCCCAAUGGGAGUGAAGAGGGUAGUAUUGACAGAGAAUUGGCAAGAUCUGACGAUGUCAAUCGAAUGCCUGGUUAUGUACUUUCACAAGCUCCAAAUGUUCACUCGAUGACAUACGUGUAA